GUCAUACUUCGUCAUAAUACCAUAAAACUGGGCAUUGGAUUCCAGGCUAGGCAACUUGGGUUUAUGGGUUUUGGAGACAAGCGAGAUUUCUCUAAGGCAAAUGUCAAACCUUAAUGGGGGUUUCUGCAUGUUUCUGUGGCUUCACGCUGCCCAGGCUGCCUGAAUAGGUUGCACCAAGACAUUACUGCAUCACGAAAUACCCCACCAUUGGGAGAUCUACGCAGAUGAACUACGUAGUAGGUUUAUUUAGGGCUGACAUGAGGGGCAGAUGAAGGGGCAGGCCUUCCAGGUUGAUACUCUUGAAGUCUCACUGUCACUUAUAAAGUGAGGCUCCUUCCUUCAUUAUGGACAACUUGGUUCUUCACCAUCAUACAUCUAAAGCAUUCGCCUCAUCAUAAACAACCAGUUUUAUCUUAAUUUAUAUUUCAAAAUGGAGACCAUCAAGAACGCCGCCAAUUCUGCCUCUGAGACCGUCCAGCAGGGCGUCUCCAGUGUCUCGAAGGAGGGUAACAAGGAGGUUGCAAAGGACUCCAACGCUUCCACCGGCACCCGUGCCUCAGCUGCUAAGGAUGCUGUUGGCGACAAGGUUGAGGAGACUACCCACUCUGUCAAGAAGUAGAUAAUAAGCUACACUCAUAUCCUUGGUAUCCUUGUUUGGAGACUUAGUCGGAGGAAAAUAGUUGGGACAUGUAUUCUCACGUCAAGCCUACUGUGAGCGUAUUCUAGUACAAACAUCUCAGUCAAUGAAACAGUCGCACAACAAAAUACG